AAAGCAGGCAAGCAAGCAAGAAAGGUCUACACAAGAAAAAAGGUGGUCCCACUCCGAAAACACCGUUUCCAAGCAGGCAGUCUGAACUUAAACCUUUACAGUGCACGGUAUCGCUUCUUAUGUGAAAAUAUACAAAUAACACUAACAAGCGUUUGUACUCGGCAUGUUCAUGUUAGCAAACACUAGGGGAAUACCAUCUUUCUAGUCGGAUUAAACUUUGAGAAAUCUGCGGUGAAAUGGAGAGAAGAUCUGAAAGUGGGGUGAAGAGGCUGGCACUGGGAAUCUCGCCUUAUUAUUUACUCUAACAAAAUCCCUCUUGAGAUUGACAACAGAUUCACAUUGCCUGAAUUUAGGAAGAUUCUGAGGUGUCAGUUGGAGAUAUCUCUGAGAGUGCGACUGGAAGCUUAACUUUGUGGAAUUUGUUGGUGUGGCACUGCACCGUGCACUGAUUGGAUGUUGCCUGGGAGAUGAGGAUGUGCUAUUGGCACCAGGAAGGAAGGAUUUUGAUGUGAUGGGGUGCAGGACGAGCAAAGUCCUUCCAGAGCCACCCACUGACGUCCAACUAGAUCUGGUCAAAAAGGUAGAGCCUCAUCAGACUGAUGUCUAUAAAAACUUCAUCAGAAGUGAAGGUGGCAGUGAGAAAACAGGCUCGCCAUCCCUUCAGGGUCAAAGCCAGGCUACUGCAAAGGUGAGUCAGUCCCCACCACCAGCUAACAACCAGCCGGAGCCCGCUGACCCACACAGGAAGAAAGUUGCCAAAUACAGGGCCAAGUUUGACCCUCGUGUGACUGCUAAGUAUGAUAUUAAAGCUUUGAUAGGUCGGGGCAGCUUCAGUCGCGUAGUAAGAGUGGAGCACAGGAGCACGCGACAGCCGUAUGCCAUCAAGAUGAUCGAGACACGCUACCGUGAGGGCAGAGAAGUAUGUGAAUCUGAACUUUGUGUUCUGCGACGUGUGCGCCACACCAACAUCAUCCAACUGAUGGAGGUGUUUGAGACGGCAGAGCGGGUCUACAUGGUGAUGGAGUUGGCCACUGGUGGAGAAUUGUUUGAUCGCAUCAUCGCUCGUGGUUCUUUCACUGAAAGGGAUGCCACAAGGGUGUUGCAAAUGGUUCUUGAUGGGGUGAAGUACCUCCACACAUUGGGCAUCACACACAGGGACCUGAAACCUGAAAACUUGCUUUACUAUCAUCCGGGUGCUGAUUCCAAGAUUAUGAUCACAGACUUUGGCUUGGCCAGCACGAGGAAGAAAGGUGAUGAAUGCCUGAUGAAGACUACCUGUGGAACCCCAGAGUAUAUUGCACCUGAGAUUCUCGUACGGAAGCCAUACACUAAUGCAGUAGACAUGUGGGCACUGGGAGUCAUCUCAUAUAUAUUGCUCAGUGGUACCAUGCCUUUUGAGGAUGACAAUCGCAUGCGCCUCUACAGACAGAUUCUCAAAGGGAAGUACAGCUUCUCGGGGGAGCCAUGGCCAAGUGUGUCCAACCUGGCUAAAGACUUUGUCGACCGUGUCCUCACGGUGGACCCUAGUGAACGUCUGACUGCGGGUCAGGCACUUAAACACCCUUGGAUCGUCAGCAUGGCUGCUUCCUCCUCCAUGAAGAACUUGCAGCGCUCCAUUUCCCAGAACCUCCUGAAGAGAGCGUCAUCACGCUGCCACAGCACCAAAUCAGCUCAGUCCACUCGCUCCAGUCGCUCCACAAAGUCCAGCAAGGCACGGCGUGUUCGCGAGAAAGAGCUGAGAGAACUCAACCGCCGUUACCAGCAGCAGUGUAAUGGUUAAGGACAACGUACAAGUCACACAAUGAGAAACCAGACUACAUGUGCCCUACUAGUCUUGGAGAACAUUGGAGAGAGCAUGACAACAUUGUGCCUCGACUCAGAUGUCAACUUCCUGCACCAUCAACAGAGCCAAUUAGCAGAAAACCUCCUUCUAAAAUUUCGUCCAUUUUCUAUUUUUCUGCUGUUUCUUUCUCUUGUAUUACGUUUUAUGUGAGUUUUUUAUUUAUUUAUUGUUGGUUGUAUUUUCGUUAUGUUGUCUUUGAAAUUGUCUCAAUGCCUUCUACCUGAUUGUAUCUGUUGAACAGAAUUUUACAAAAGUUGCUGGAAGGACUAAGAAUGUUUGUUGGCUGUUCUAGACAGCCAUGUAUGCUGUUCUUCCUGAUGUUUGCUGUGAAUUAUUUGUUACGGUAUACGGUAUACCCACACAAAGAGGAAAUGUGCUGUUAAUUCUUCAUUAUUGGCACCAAAUCAAAUUACCUAGUAAUAAAUGUGUAUUACCAUUAUGUUUGCACACAUGGAGAAUUAUACUGUUGGUUAUUGCUUUGGAGUAACCACAAAGACCACAUUUAUUAUGAUACACAUUCAGAAUGGCAAUCUGGACAUCAUGGCUAUGACCCUGGAUGGCUAAAUCAAGAAUAUCAGAGAGCUUAAAGCUCUUCUUUGUCCAAUAACUCUAGUGCUUAACUGUAACUAGGGGCUUCAACUGUUCUAUCUAGUCUCCCCUGGUAGACCCUGAUCUGUUGUUAAUAUCUUUCAGAAAGUAUGCUAAAAGUGUAGUGAAAUAGGGAUCGUUCACCCAAAAAUUAAACAUUGUCAUUAAUCACUCAGCCUCAUGUUGUUCCAAACCCACAUGAUUUUCAUUCUUCUGUGGAACACAAAUGUCAACAUUUACUUUCAUUACAUCUUUUCUUUUAAUAUUUUUUUGGUGAAUGUAACUGAGGCUAUCAUUCUGCUCAAUAUAGUUUGUGUUCCAUUGAAGAAAGAAGGUUGUAUGGGUUUGAAACAACAUGGCAAGGUGAGUAAAUAAUAACAUCAUUUUCAUUUUUGGGUAAACUAUCCCUAUAAGCCUUUAAGUUUGGUCAGCGGUUUGUGGAGGUUUUAUUUUUACUUCUCAUCUAAUCAAAUUUUUUAGAAGAACAGUUAUGGCAGAUGCCCUAUUUGUUAGAUUAUCCAUGGCUAAUACUGUUGGACUUGUAACUGAUAUUGAUAACUUUUCAAGAGUGGGGUGGCUCAGUGGAUGAGAUUUGGAAGCCCUAUCUUUAAAUCCUACUUUGGUUACUUUCUCUGUCCCCAGCUGUUGUUCCUUGAGCAAGGCACUGAACCACCAUGAAGGCCUUUUGGCAGCCUUUUCACUCUUGGCCCCCUUUGUCAGAAAAGAGCAGAGAUUUCCCAAAGAAAUUUACACGAGGAACAUUUGGUGAGAUUGGACGUAUGAUUCCUCAUUAAAAAAAAACUGUUAAAACUGUGAUGAUAUGAAGCCUUCUCAAAAUAUAUGUUCUUAAAUCUGUUCUUUAUGUCAUUUUAUAAAAUCAUAUAUAAAAAAUGAAAGGAAAAAUCAGUGUGUGUUUGUGUUGUGUCCUGUUUCACAGUAAGCCUUGCAUUUGUUGUUGAAAUAAGUUUGAAAGAUAUUUUGGGAAAAGAAAUGGCAAUAUCACAUUGGUUUUGGAUACUUUAUUUAAAUAACAGUAUUUGACAAAAUAUAUAUAUAUAUAUAUUUUUUGUUUCAUACACAUUCUUCUAAGCUUGUCUAAUAUUCUCAAACAAACUUUAGAAAAUAUAUUAUUGUCUUAUUUUAGUUUUAUUAAAAUUAUCUAAAUAAAUUUUAGGUUUAUUAUUUAAAUUCAACAAAACUUGUGAAAUAUUACUAGAUAUUUUCUUGGUUCAAUACAAGUUAAACUCAAUCAACUGAAUUUGUUGCAUAAGGUUGAUUACCGGUAGCACAAAAAAAUAUUUGGACUUAUUUUGACUAUCCCUGUUUUUGUUUUAAAAAAGAGAUAACAAAAUUGAAGUUAUAGUGAAGCAUUCACAAUAGAAGUGAAUGGGGAAAAUAUUUUGAGGGUUUUAAGUCAGAAUUGUGAAUCUAAUAAUUUAAUAAAAUCACUUACAUUAAUUCUGUUAAAACUGUAAAGUUGUCUAAGCUGUCGUUUUUACCAUAAUUUCAU